GGCGCGUCUAUUUAAACUGGGUUUCAUGGGAAGGUGGGAGGGAGAGAGGGACCGCAUUUGUGGGAGCGAGCGCGGCACUCUGCCAGCCUCGCUCCCUUCAGGAGCAGGUCCGGAGCGACAUGCUGCGGGCUCGCUGAGCACCGUCCCGCCGCAGUGACCUCUUCCACCUGGAGACGCUCGUCUGAUGCAGUCGCCCGAACUGUAAAGCUCUAGUUCCCCGAAUCCCUCUCAUCCCCCCCGGACACCUGAUCUCCUCUCCGGCGGCUGCUCCGCUUUGCCCAGAAUCUGGCCCUUGCUAUCGCGAACAGGUAGGAUGAUGACGAAGCCUUUCCACUCGACUCCUGCCAUGCUCAACGUCCCAGCCAAGAACUCCUACAGGAUGGUGAUCUUGGGCGCCUCCAAAGUGGGGAAGUCGUGCAUAGUGUCGCGCUUCCUCAACAGCAGGUUCGAGGAGCUCUACACUCCCACUAUCGAAGACUUCCACCGCAAGGUUUACAACAUCCGGGGUGACAUCUAUCAGCUGGACAUCCUCGACACCUCCGGCAACCACCCCUUCCCUGCCAUGAGGAGGCUGUCCAUCCUGACAGGAGACGUGUUCAUCCUGGUCUUCAGCUUAGACAGCAGAGACUCCUUUGAGGAGGUGCAGCGACUGCGCAGACAGAUCAUCGAGUGCAAGAUGUGCCUGAAGGACAAGACCAAAAAGGCGAUGGACAUCCCCAUGGCCGUGUGCGGCAACAAGGUGGACCGCGCCGAGCUGCACCGCGAGGUCCUGGCCGAGGAGGGUGAGCGGCUGAUCGCCGGCGAUGCCAGCAGCGUCUACUUCGAGAUCUCGGCCAAGAAGAACGCCAACGUGGAGGAGAUGUUCCGCGCCCUGUUCAGCAUGGCCAAACUCCCCCACGAGAUGAGCCCCGCCCUCCACCGCAAGAUCUCCGCGCAGUACUGCGAGGCUCUGCACCACAAGUCCUUUGGCCUCAAGCGGGCCAAGGAGCUGGGGGCCUUCGGCAUGGUGUCGCCUCUGGCCCGCCGGCCCAGCGUCAACAGUGACCUGAUGUACAUCAAGGAGAAGGUGAUGGGCCGUGGACAGCCCCGAGAGCGGGAGAAGUGUCUGAUCCAGUGACGAGUGCCCAGGGCUGGGGCAGCCCCAGGCUUGGCUCGCCCAUCCGCACCUGCCCCGCCCCUCACCCCUCACCCCCAGCCCACGGGACGCCAGAUUCCCACCAUCGCCAUGCUCGAAACAGAACCUAAACGUGCUGGCACUUUGUAAAUAAAUUGAAGUCCUUUCACUGAAUGUCUAAUUGUUUCUUAGCGGGAAGCCAAUGGGGAGCCGCCGUUCAGCCCCGCCCACCAGCUGGCCCCGCCCACUACUGUAACCCCACUCAUUUCCCCCCACCCCGUCCAUGGACCCUAACUCGUGCCCAAGAUCACCUGCUAACCAUGACCACCGCUGAACCCUGCCCACUCCCAGCCAAACCCCUCACUUUAACCCCACCCACAGACAAACCCUACCCACGAUACCCGCUCCCGAACUCCGCUCACUGCCAAACACCACCCAUCGCAUAUCCCCACCCAUCUGCCCAGGCCCACCCACUGCUAAAGCCUACCCACCACCCUCGCCUGACUGCCCACUGUCAACUAAAGCUGCCCACUCCUCAACCCCUGCCACUAACCCAACCACCUGCCAAUCCCAUCUACUAACCCCUCCCACUAGCCCCAUCCUUCCUCAAACCCCAGCCCCCCACCUAAACCUGCUUACUCCUCGGCCAUUCCCAUUUGCCUCACCCACUUUCCUCUCCAACAUCCCGUAUUUGCUCCCUCCUCCCAUCUCAUAUGCUUUCCUGCUGCCCUGUGCCACACGCAGCCUGACUCCCCCCUCCCCACUACAGAAGCCCAGCCCUGCUCUGUCUGCACACAAGGCGGGUGCAAGAACCCGGGGCGGGGGCCCAUAUCGUUGCUGACUAACUGGACUCUGACAGCUCACACUCGUACUUCAGUCACCCCUUUUGUCCUCGUGCACACAGACCUGUCACCAAACUGCUCUGCUCAAGUUCGUCGAUUUUUAUACAGAUAUGGAUCUAAUGGAAACUGUGUACACCAUCGAAUCUCAUUAUUUACAUAUAUAAACACCAAUCAUAAUGCACUUGUCUGCCCAUAGCCUCCCAUACGACCAUAAUGAGGGAAAACUCUGGCUGGAGGAGCAACAUCUCAUUUUCCGUCCGGGUAGCCUCCAACCUGACGGCAUGAACAUCGAUUUCCAGCAAUUUCUCCCCUUCCCUCCUCUCUCUUGCCAUUCCCCGUACUGGAUACACUCUCACCCCUUCUCUUCUCGUCACCUGCCCAUCGCCUCCCUCUGGUUCCCCUCCUCCUUCCCAAAGUUCCCUGGUCCACUCUCCCCUCCUAUCAGAUUCCUCCUUCUUCAGCCCUUUGCCUCUUCCACCUAUCCCCUCCCAGCUUCUUACUUCGCCCCCUCUCCCACUCACCACCCACCCACC